UACGUUACACGGCAUGGGGGGAUUGAAGAGCGGGGCUCAAGCCGUGAGAGAGCCCCUCCACGACAAGACACCUUCCCGCGCGCGCCCCCACCAGCAAAUGGCCCCCACCAUCCCCACCGGCUCCUACCUCCUCCGCAACCAGACCACAGGCCUGGUGGUGCAAUACAACGGCCAAGGUAAAUUCGAGCUCGCCGAGCGCGAUGAGAUACUCCAUCGCGAGCAACAGACAUUCUGGGUCGAGCCCCUCCCCGAAUACCAGUUCUCGAGCUCGGGAGACGUGGCGUACACGCUAUCACAGAUCGGGAUGGGCACUGUGGAAACACAGGUGAUGGAAAUAUAUCAAGGCAGUUGCGACCGAAUGGCCCCUAUCGGUAGAUACCGCAUGCAUGGCCAUCUUACCGCGCUGUGGAAGUUUAUCAGGCUGGAGGAUAGGAAGGAUGGUGAAUUCUACUACAUCCUCAACUCUAACUCUGGCUUUGUUCUUGAAGGAGGGAUUUCCCCCACUACGAAAGCUGAGGAAUCCGACCAAUUCGGCCAAGGCGAUGAACCCGGUGAACCCGGUGAACCCGCGGAACCUGAGGACGAAACUUACUUAUACCAAGUCAAACUGGAGAGCGAUGCUCCCGCCCAGAUAUGGGAAUUUGUGAUCCCUAUGACACCGGUCCCCGUCGGCUGGCUCCAGAUCAAGAACGUAUCCACGAGCCACGUGCUAAGCCAUACCUACGCCUAUUCACCGCCGCGUCUAAUCAACCAGCAGCUUCCGCCGGUCGGCACCUCAAACUACCGCGAGACCUGGGAUACGCAAUGGACGCUCAUCUGCGCCCUUGCGUUGGGGCGGGAUAAAUCAUAUAAGGGGAGAUACAUGAUCAAAAACCGGCUCACCGGAUGCCUGCUCGUAACAACGUCCGACGCGAACAGUCUGAAGCAGGAGGAUAUAAGCGGCGUGACCGUGAUGGACGGUGGAGAUGCACUCGCCUUCGAGCUGGACGCCCAGAAUAAUUGGAGGAUCCGGGAUCGGGAAAGAGGAACCCUACUGGGUGAGGCACCGGCCUCGACGUCGGUAGGGGGGAAUCGUGUUGAAGCUAAUAGCAAGGAACUGGAUCCAACGAGGAGCUGGAGGCUAGUGCCAAUGAAGGACAUCGAUGCGACUACGUUCGUGCCUGAAGGGGGAUUUCUACCUGUCUAUGCUGGGAAGUCUGUCUACUCGACCCCAAAGCCGUAGCUUUGGUUCUGGAGGGCAUGGAGCGUGAUCGAUGCGAAGAGCUCCUGGGCUGGUCUGGAACGAGAUUCUGAAUAUAUGGUGCAUGGAUGGGGGGAUAAUUUUUAUGAGGCCUGAUGGAAUCUGAGAACAGCGGGAUAACUACCUAUGUCAAUGCACUCAAUAAGAACCGAGUGGCUAAAAUAACUAAGGGGAG